AUGACAGCAAUUGAGAGCAAAGAAGAGAUCAGUGACACAGACAGCGGGAUCAUUUUGCACUCUGGUCCAGAAAGCCCCACGUCGCCUGUCAAAGACUCGAGUACGCACACCAGAGCCCUCAAACUCAAGCAUCAGUCUUUGGAGGGACGUCUGGAGCUCUGCCUGCUAGAGCUCAGGAAACUAUGCAUUCGAGAAGCCGAGCUGACGGGUAAAUUACCGUCAGACUAUCCUCUCAUGCCUGAUGAGAACCCACCGCAGGUGAGAAGGAGGAUUGGCGCUUCCUUCAAGAUAGACGAAGGUCUAAUCUACCUGGAGAAUGAGGACUCCGAAUUGCACGGCCUGGAGACGGAGCUGGCUCUCCAGCGGCAGAUCUACGAAGCGGCACGUAAACUUUCACUAGAGGAUAAGCUGAGCAAGCCCCAGAAGAAGAGUCGCGUGCAGCAGUGCAAACGCGAGGAGAAGAAGGUGCGCCAGCUGCAGGAGGCCGUGUUCCAGUGUCGGAUCAGAAGCGAGUGUAGCUCGCCGUGUGUCGGCGACGCCACGCCAAAAAGCAAAGAUUCGAACAUGUCUGAUGACAGCUCACUGUCUGAUGUGGUGGCCAUGGAUGAAGACGUGGAUUUCCACAGCCCUGUCUCUGCUCUAGUGUCCAACCUGCCGACAUCCGUGGCGGAAUAUGAGCGCUCACCAAUCCAGAAUUCUCCCUGGAAGGAGUCUAGUCUAGACCAGCCUUAUCACAAGACUGUAAAACCUUUACCUGCUGGCAGCAGUAGCAACUCCAAUGGUUCAGCGGGAUCACAGAUCUCGGCAGACACCGACAGAAUUCCCCUUUCUCAGUUUAUUAAGAACUCUGCGCUGCGGCAAAGUCAUUCCGCCAGCGCCCCUUCCACUCCAGAGCUGCACGUGCGCCGACAAUACUCCCAGUCUUUCAGAUUUGCCAAGAGGAGGCCGUGCGCUGACAAGGACGGCCUCAGUUCAGAGUCCCUCAGAACGCGAACGCGCCUACCACAGCGACGCUGUGCCGCCGACUUCCUGUCGCUCUCCCCGGAGUCACCUUCACCGCGGCCGUACCGCUCCGGCUCGGAGGACGGCGGUUCCGAGCGCUCCGCCUGCUCCUUCGCGCCCACGGAGAUUCCCAAGCUCUGCCCCCCGCCGUACGGCUUCCGUUCGCCGACACCACAACUGUCCAAGCUCCCGCCCCCUUACACCAGGGUGGUGCGGACGCCCUCGUUAAAGGAGUACUCCCACCGCGCGAUGCCCUGUAGGGACGUCGUGUCAGAGGAACUCAAGUCCUGGCAUCAGCGCAGUCAAAGCCAUGACUCGGGGUCGGGCUGUGCUGAGCUGCAAGGCCCCCUGGGAGUAAAGAGCCCCACUUUACUCAUUAUGCCUCCAUUUCAUCAGGGUUCAGGGAACGUGAUUCUCCAGAGAGCAGCCGACGGGACUCCGGUCCAGUGGUUUGUUGCAGAGGACCAUGAAAUUGUCAGCCAGGUCUAG